AAGGGACGAGGACGAGGUGCAAGAGAAAGGCCAGUUUUGCGCAGAGAGGGCGAUCGGAAGUCCAAGAAAGGCUCCGCGCUCUUGCUAGCCAUAAAUUGGACGCGCUGUCGCGCAGGGAGCUAGCUGCCCUGCCGAUCACAACGCUUAGAGUUGCUGACUUGCUGCACCCCUUCGUGCUUUCGCUCCUCCGACUUUGGCGACCUCGUCCCCCGUGAGCUGCGCACUGAGAUUGCUGCUGCAGUUUUUGGGCCAUUCGAGUCUUCCUUUAUAUUCUGGACUCUUCCGUCGAAAUUCUUAACAGAUCUCAUGAACCAUUUCUUCUUAGCUACGACGAGUUGUCCAAGAGGGAGAAUCCGACGCUCAGUGCUGUCUAGUCCUAAAAGAUCGGCAGGUAGCUCCGAGUGUCUGGCGAAAUUGCUUCGCCGCACCCUCCAUCUCAAUGUCGGCUUAAGAUUGGAUAGCAAACUGCGUUCCGGGAAUGGAAACGGCGUGCGUGUUUUUGCUGCUGUGCCAUACCAUUGCAGGUGGUGGUGGUGGUGGUAACAAUCUCAAUUUCAGCAAGCGCACCACUUGAACUGUGGUUUUCGAAAGGAAAAUCGCGGCUAGAUUAAAGAGCGGAUUGCGUCCAGUUCGCCUCUGUAACCUGCCAGACAUAACUGUCUUCUCGGGGAAUGCUGCACGGGGCUCGUGUGAAAGAUUGCUCCUCACCUACUGCAGACCUAGAUGGUUCUUUCGUGCUGUAUACCUCCCGAACAGCAAAUUUCGCCCAGUGGGCCGGAAGGUAGAUGCUUUGGCGAACAAGCUGGAAUUUCCGCAUGACAACUAGAAUUCACACCUGCACCGCCUGGUGAAGGUGAGAUCGAUGGAAAUUGCUGCUAAGCAAUGCGUGCAAAGCCGAACUUCUACAGGAGAAGCUUCGAUUCUGCCAUCGAGGACAUCAGAAAGCUAGUCGCCUGGUUGGAAUUGCCUUCAGUUUUUCGAUGACUGCGUGAGCAUGUGAGCCUUCCAACCAGCUAAACAGGGCAACCAUGACCUAGGGUUCACAGAUUCAUGGCGAGAGGAGAAUGCUGAUGUUCAAGCGAGGGAGCUGCACAAAUGCAACGGAUUGCCUCUGAUGGCUGAGGAUUCACCAUCCUGCUCGGCUACAGCAGAUCUGAAAUCACAGAGACUGCACGAGCAGCCUCAGUCGCCAGUGUUUCCUAUACCUGUACAGGCUUGCAACUUUCAACUGCUUCACGAGGAAGGCCCCCAAUUUUCAGCAUGUGAGAGGCGAACUGAACACUACACAGCCUUCACGCAGACACAAGGAGUCCGAUUCAGCAAGGCCGAAGAUGAUGGCAUGGAGAUGAACUGCCAAGCCGGCAGACUGAACCCCGAUACCAGUCCACAUGCUCGCCCAAACUCCAUGGCUUCCAACAUCCAGCUUCACUUACCAAUAGACUCAAUGAGCCAACCUGUGCCAGCUUCUAACCCUGGCACUGGCAUGCCCACAGCGCGCUACUUUCCAGGAUCGAGUCACCUCGUUGUUGUCGAUGGAGUGGGCGUACAACCGCAGUGGGGCACCGACCACCCCAGUUUGCUUUCCUGCUGGUAUGAGCAGCCUCGAUUGAGGCCAUCCACUACUUUCCAACAUUCCAUUUGGCAGUCCCAUCGCACUUGCCAGCAUGCUCCAGCUGGUACUCUGGUCCAGCAUCCCCAUUUCCAUAGUAACUGCUGGUAUCCAGCCUUUCCUCUUCUCAACAUCAACCAUCAGAGCCCUUUGGUGAUUCCCAAUACUAAUGCAGCGAUGACCUCCUCUGAACGAGUAGCACCUCGGUUGUGGGGUGUGAGCUCCCCGGUGUACCCAGUCCCGGCUCAUGGACCGGGACCUGUGCCAUCUCCGCGAGUACCUUUAGCAUCGUGUCCAACGCCUCAUAAGCUUUCUGCACUUUUUAGCCCUCCUCGUGAAACAAAUGGCUCAUCUGUAAGCUAUUCUUCUGGCUUACAGCAGUCAGCAGAGAGUGCUUUUGGAUACGUGAAACAUGAAUCUCAAGAGGCUACAAAUGUUCACGGACAGGCCACAAGAGGGAGCAGUUUUCCGGUUAUUCCGAGUCCACCGAUUCAGCCUUUCUUUCCUCAGAUUGUGGCUAGAGAGCAGCAACUUGGUGCUCCUUCGACGGAGGCAGAUCACUGGGAAGGAAAAUCCAUCCAUGCCAGACAUCAUUGUCAUGUUGAGAAUGAUGAUUCAUCCCUUGGUCAAUCCAAGAGUUCUGCUGUGUGCACCACGGCCACUUCCGACCGAUCUGCGGUCAAUUGUUUCCAGGAUUGUCCAGAGAAUCCCUCGCUCUUUCGAUCUUCAGUCUCUGCUCCAUCCAGUAUGAAGUGUGAGGGGUGGAUCAAGGGACCAGUCAAUUGCACAAUGCAAACUUCGUUGCGGCAGCCCGAGGUUUAUCUCGGGUCUUCACCGCAUCUGGUGGUCCUGAGUCCUGCAUUGAAUGCUUAUACUGCCAAUUCGCCUGGUCUGAUAUGUUCACCUGUUAAUGAGGAGUACAUUUGGAACUCGCUACAGUCUGGUCAACAUUCAAGAGAAACCAAAACAUCGGACCCUUCGAAGACGACCAAUGACUUCUCGUCGCUUCCAUCGUCUGGGCGAGAGACUGUUGCUGUCGCAUCAGAAGGAAGAACCACUCCACAAAGACCAUGUGGAAAAGGACACUGGGGGAUAGCAGAUGAUAGAUUACUGAUUAAGCUCGUGAACACGUAUGGUACAAGGCGAUGGUCAUUAAUUGCGACAUUCAUGUCAAAUCGCUUAGGAAAGCAAUGCAGAGAGCGCUGGGUGAAUCAUUUGCAGCCGAACAUAAAAAAGGAAGACUGGACACAUGAGGAAGAGCAGCUCUUGGUGCGUGCUCAUGCGGCCUUCGGAAACAAAUGGUCGGUCAUUGCCAAGAUGCUUCCUGGCAGAACUGACAAUUCCAUUAAGAAUCAUUGGCAUGCGGCUCUUCGGAAAAAGGGUAGGCAUGGACCAUUCCGCCCGAGUCUCCUCAGAGACUACAUACAGAGACAGACGGGCGUCACUGCUCGUGGAGCUAAGACCCAGAACGCAGCCUCGCUCGAUCUGCCCUCUUCAGUGAGCGACGAAUCCGUCUCCCAAAGUGCCGGCGACAUCGGCUCUCAGCGCCAUGAUUUGCAAACUGGCAGCAAUCUGCGCUGACGAAGUAGAGAUGGUUUUACGUUUCCGUGCGACGUGAAGUAGUUGACCUCGGCUCGCAAUGACACAGGAUGUUUUUGGACCUGAACCCUCUCUCAAACUCUUGUAAAUAAACGAUGCUCUUCAGCCUCCAGCACUGUCAAUUUUCUGCUUUCCUGUGUGAUGCACGAGUGCUGGUUUGAAGACAAGAUUUGUGUAGGUAUUGUGCCUACAACUCUGGGUGGAUUUUCUGGUCGGGUAGCCCUUAACUGAGAUGAUGUGAUCACCUCCUCACACUACACGUCAAGCUGUGGCGUUUGAUUAAAAGCCUCAACCUCGAAAGUUAUCCAAGUUCGGCAGAGGGACCGUCACUUCACAUUCCAAUCAUAGCUAAGAAGAUAAUCACAUCACUCACGAAACUAACAAAACUUUAAAA